UUGGAGUUGGAGCCAACUAUGAGAAAAGAGAUAUGAAUCUUGGAUGAGAUAAUGAGGGUGUGGGUAGCUGCCUGGCUGGUAGCUCCUAAUCUCUACAAUACUGCCCCCAAUUGGAUAACAUAUAUAUCCCAACCCAUUGAGAGGCCUUUGUGGGACUCCCCGGUGUCCCACCACCCCACAUGAAUUUCUACUUCCCCAAGCCGAUGCCCAUCCCUGCCCUUUUCCUAUUUAAUGCCUGCUUGUCCCGUACAACUGUAAAGGAAAAAAACACUCUAUAUUCUUCCUCUUCCUCUUCCUCUUCCUCAUUUCAAAACAAAUUAAAUCUCUUCACUCUCUAUCUUAAUUUCUUAUAUCUUGCUUUUUGCAACAAGCUCAAACACUACCAGAUCAUCUUAGUUCACUAUAAUGGAAGUGUCCAUGGAAGUUGAAGAUGAUGCCUUCUUUGCAGACUUGAGCAAGCAAAUCUCCCUUCUUAUCAUGGAUGACGACGACGACGAUCAUGAGCACCCCAUUCGUGCCCAUUGCCCCUCGGUUUCUCUCCAGGCUUUGUCUAGAGCAAUCCAGCCGACAGCACAGCCGCCAUUCUCCUUGUAUCAGCAACCAUGGGGGAGAGCAGAUCAAAGCAAAGGGACUGGAGUGUUUAUUCCCCAGUCGUCUCAUCCAAGAAGGAGGAACAGGCCAGCAAAGCUCAGCUCUUCCAGGGCCAAGCUCCAUCGGCAGCUUCUCCCAGCUGAUAACUCAAGAGGCCUUCUUCCCCAUGCAUCUAACUAUAACACCAACUUUCCAACCUCUUUCACUUCUUCCAAACCCUAGAGAGAGAGAGAGAGAGAGAGAUUAUGUCUAUGAUUAAUUAGUAAUUUCCACUCGUUUUGGGAUUUGGAUCAUCAUGGUGACGGAGAUGGAGCUGGAAGGCUUCACCAAAGGGUUGCCCCUCCCCUGCAAUGGGAACGUAUACUGUACGGUCCUCCUCUUAAUCUUGUCCAGUUCAUCGUGUAGCUAGUAAUGCUAUAUAUAUAUAUAUGAGAAUAUUAUUAUUGUUUUAUUUUUUUGGGAAAUUAAAAUCUUGUACUGUAAAUACUACUGUAACGUUUAUGUUUAUAUUAAUGCAGUUUGCAACUAAUUAAGCUAAGUGCAAAA